AGACGGAAGAGCAGUUCGGUACACAAACAACUCAUAAAUAACCGCAGUGGUUUUCAACAGGGAAUUAUUCACAUUUCAUCCACGACAGGGAUGCUGUGUAAGCUGCCCAUUCAUUCAUGACAUCCAUCAUCGUGUUUUUUUUAUUGCGAUGGAAAAGUAGAAGCUGAAAGAGGGCAAACUCUCUCAGCCAAAGACGGUUCUCGCAGCACAUGGCGUCUGAACUCCAUGAAGCCAUUUUUAUGGCCAAGCAAGAGCGACACAAGAAUCUUUUCCUGAACUACAGAAACCUCAACAGUUUCCCCGUGGAGCUCCUCAGAGAUGAAGGGAUGCAGUUCCUGGAGCGUCUCUUCAUGAAGAGAAACUCCCUCACUGCACUUCCAGACAGUCUGGCUCAGAAACUUCCCAACCUGAUCGAACUAUAUCUGCACUCAAACAAUAUUGCGAUAAUUCCUCAAGCAAUUGGCAACCUUGUGAAGCUGCAGUCACUGGACCUGAGUGACAACGCUCUUCAAGUCAUCUGUCCGGAGAUUGGUCAGCUGCGCUCAUUACGACAUCUUCGAUUGGCCAACAAUCAACUGAAAUUUCUCCCGCAAGAGCUGGGAGAUCUCGGAGAGCUGGAGACUCUGGACGUGUCCAUGAACCUCCUGAGGACUCUUCCGGAGCGUCUGCACCGGUGUCUGUCCCUGCAGUGCCUGACGGCAGACCGCAACCAGCUGCACUGCCUUCCUCGCCAGCUCUGUCUGCUGCCCGACCUCAACGAGCUCUCCAUGGCUGCCAACUGCCUGACAUCACUGCCCCUGGAUCUGGGGCGCUCCAUGGAGCUGCAGUUUGUCUUUGUGGACAACAACGCUCAUCUGAAGGGGCUCCCGUCGUAUCUUUAUAACAAAGUCAUCGGCUGCAGUGGAUGUGGUCUAGCUGUGCAGAUCUCUGACGUGAAGCAGCUCAGUCUGACUCUGGGAGAUGUGACUGUUCCUCUGCCCUCUGAAGUGAAGGCCAUCGGCUCUGACACUGACCAUGUGUUGCCUCUGGAAGAGCUGGCGUGCAGAGUACUACAUGCAGCCUACAACAGGACCAGUAAGGAUGUGAAGUUCCUGACACCAUUCCUGUUGCCCAAGAGUCUGCUAGAUGUAGUCCAGUGGCCUCUGGGUCAUUGUCACCGCUGCAGUCAGCCCAUGUUCACCGUCGUCUACCCUAAACCGUUUCCUCUCAGAGAGACCGCACUCGCAGGAGUGCACAAGAGAACCACUGUGAGUUUUGUAGCGUACUGCUGUUCUAGCCAUUGUCUGAGGACGUUUAACCUGCAGGGCUGACGUCUCCCAUACGCUAACCUCACAUCACAGCUCCUGGUGCUUUCAUCUUCACGAAAGACCUGGAGAACAUCGCAAGAGACUUCCUGAAGAACUGAUACCUCUCUUCACGACAGCCAUUAAAGUUUGUCCUUCUUCUGUGUGUAGCAUCUUUUAAGGAAAAGACUUUACAUUUAGCAAAAGAAUGUGACAAAAGAAAUGAAACAAUGUUUUUCAGUCUAUAGCCUGUACAAACAAUAAAUAAUAUUGUUUGAGUUGGGUUUAUUACGGUUUACUGUAACCUAAAAGGUUCAGGUCGUUAUUCAAAAACAUUUGUUCUGUGCUUCAAUGAUUGCCAACUUAAACUGAAGAGUUUUAGGAGAGAGAUUAAUAUUUUUGUUUCCAUUUGAAAGGAAAAUGGAAUUGUUUUUUUGAGAUCCCUUUAAUGAAAAUGAAAUGAAAAACUAAAAAGGACUAUUUACGAGUUUGUAGCCCUCUGUUGUUUUUAACCAUGAUACAUUACGUUAAAAGUGGCUUUUUAAAGAUAAAUGUGUGUAUAUUGGAUCUGAGGCUCAUUAACAAGUGUGUGUGCUGUUGGAAUUGACCAGCACUCAUUAGCUAAAAGAAAAUCACUUGUGUUGAUCGUAUGUUAUGACUUUCGUAUUCAGUAAAUGUGAAAAACAUGCAGCUGAUGGUUCUCAUCGAAGGCAGCUUCAAGGGAUUGUUUUUAAUUUUUUGUGUGAGACCGAGUCACAUUGUGGAGAUUGACUGAUGCCACACUACAUCUGUCAGUCAGUGUGCCAUAACUACAGCAAACCAUCAUUGUUCAGCUUUCAGUAUUUAGACUAUUCUCUCACUUCAAUCAGACGUGAGCAAGAGAACAACUUCGGGUUAAUGUGUUGAUGUUACUGUUACAGCCAGGUCUUCUAGAACAAGUUCAGCUCAACUCUUUACACGUUACAAUGUUCUUAUAGUUUCAUUAGCACUUACAACUGGAUAACUGAGCUGAAUGUUUGGCAAUAAUGAUGUUUAAAACAUAUUUUGUUGUUAUUACAAAUGUGUGCUUACGUGAAAUUUAAUUCAUAUGGAGUCAUUUUGAAUUAAAUGUAACUUUUUUACAAUGUGAAGCUGCAUCUAAUGCAUCAUAAAAUACACAGAAUCAC